CAAGGAAAAACAAGGAGACACAAGGAGACACAAGGAGACACAAGGAGACACAAGGAGACACAAGGAGACACAAGGAGACACAAGGAGACACAAGGAGACACAAGGAGACACAAGGAGACACAAGGAGACACAAGGAGACACAAGGAGACACAAGGAGAGUCAAGGAGACACAAGGAGAGUCAAGGAGACACGAGGAGUGUUGAGGAAAGAUGA